AUGGAUCACGAGGACUUGGACGACGUUGCCUCCUCGGAGAACUCUUCUCCUUCCAGCUCAGCAAGCAACCGAUCCCUCAACACGUCAAGGGAUGUUGACAACCUGCCGAGUGAUCCUGCGAAGCUGAGGACGCUCCUCCGCGCCAUGCGUGCCGGAGCGAACGCGUACAAAGAAGAGAGCGUGAGGCUGAAGGAGCUUCUCAAGAAGAGGGAUCACGAGAUCUCGGAGCUGAGGCAGAUCCUGAGCCUGAAGAACGGCCGGACGCCGCACCCGAUCACCAGGCACUUACUCCCUCUCCUUCAUUGCCAGGCUGUGAGACUAGAGGAGAAAGUCAGAGGGCUGGAGGAGGAGCUGAGAAGCUGUCAGGCAGGCAAGCAUUCGCCGGUCGUGGCUGAGCUGCUUGUUGUGACGCCUUUCCUUGCAGCGUUCGCCAAGUCGAAGAUGGACGUGGACAAGCUCAGGGCUCGAGUGCACACCCACGAGUAUGUGAACAAGGACAAGAGGGAGGGCCUGCAGUCCCUGAUGCAGGAGAUCCAACAUUCGAAGCUCCUGCUUGUUGAGCUCACGAGCUCCCUGAGCUCGGAGCUGAAGCCCUCGAUGGAGACGAGGCUGGCGUGGCUAGAGCUUGACACCGUCCGGAAGGAGAAGCAGGAGGCAGAAGAGCAGUUCUUCCAGCAGUUCGCGUCGAUGCUAGAGCAGAACUCAGCACUGGAGCGAGAGCUGCACCAGUGCAGGGACAUGCUGAGGAAGGAGCAGAUGGCGGAUAAGGCAUCGAUGGAGUCGUUCGUGAGGGGCUCGUCCGAGAUCCUCGUCGGCACAGAGUUGAGGCUCAACAGCAUCUGCGACUGCCUGGAGAUGCUCGGGGAGAAGUUCGCGUCCCUCGGAUACGACCGCACGCUCAUGAUCAGCGCCCUGGGCAAGCUCACUGGCCUCCAGCAAAGUGAGUCGGUGAAGGAGCUCUGCGAGAAGGCAACGAGCAUGACGGAGGAGAGGUCCUUCCCGCUGCACCUCCACCCCGUCCCUAGCACCCCUCGCUCCUCUUCCGCCGUCAUUGUCGCGCCAAGUUACUCAGACACAAAGAGGUUUCCGCUCGCCUCUCCUCGCUCGCAGGCAGCUGAGCUCUUCGACGGGCACGCCAGGUCUCCUCGCGCUGCUCCUCAGUCCCCGCGGCGAGCGGAUCAUGCCAACCGGCUCCAGCUGGAGAUCGGCAGGCUGCAGGAGCGACUGCGACAGAGUGAAGUUGCGCGGGAGGAGGAGGAGCAGAAGUGCAAGGCUCAGGUCGCGACUCUCAAGAAUCAGCUGCAGAUCAAGAACGAGAUACACGCGCUCGUCAAGAUGAGCAACAAGAACAUGCAGGUGGAGCAGUGGAAGCGAAAAUUCACUGAGCUGGAGGAGGAGAGGAGGAUCGUAGCCGAGCAUCAGGACGAAAACAAGAAGAUCCUUGCGGAGGUGGAGGAGGCGCUGCGCCCAGCUCGAGAUGUCCAUGUACCUCUCAGGAGGACUUCAGUCCCCCGGUCCAAGCCUGCAGGCCCCUGCUAG